GACACACUUCCACGCGCCUGGAAGACAGCAGGAAGUGUUGCCCGAGCUCGGUGUAAGACCGGAACGCCAACUUACAUUUCUUGACCUUUUCUUUAUUUUUUGAUCAAAUACCUGAUCAUUUUGUGUUGCACGCGCUGGACGGAACACCGGCGCGCGGGGAUUAAACAGCGGACGCGCCGUGUCUCUGUGCGGUUUUGGCAUGCACGCGCACUGCAACGGACAGAAUUGAACUCCUGCUUUGUCACAAAGAGGAUUCAAUGAAAAUGUCUGUCUGUGUCCAUGAGAACCGCAAAUCUCGAGCCAGCACUGGCUCAAUGAACAUCUACCUUUUCCACAAGUCCUCGUAUGCAGACAGCGUAUUGAUGCACCUAAACGUCUUGCGGCAGCAGAGGCUUUUCACAGAUGUUUUGCUACACGCUGGCAACCGCUCCUUCCCAUGCCAUCGCGCUGUGCUGGCUGCCUGCAGUCGGUACUUUGAGGCAAUGUUCAGUGGCGGGCUAAGAGAGAGCCAGGCCAAAGAGGUUGACUUCAGAGACUCCAUACAUCCAGAGGUGUUAGAACUGCUUUUGGAUUACGCUUACUCAUCCCGAGUAGUCAUCAAUGAAGAAAAUGCUGAGUCUUUGCUGGAGGCAGGUGACAUGUUAGAGUUCCAGGACAUUCGUGAUGCCUGCGCAGAGUUCCUAGAGAAGAACCUUCACCCUUCCAACUGCCUCGGCAUGCUGCUUCUGUCUGAUGCCCACCACUGCACCCAGCUGUCCCAGCUUUCCUGGAGCAUGUGUCUCAGUAAUUUUCCAGCUAUCUGCAAGACAGAGGAGUUCCUUCAACUGCCCAAGGACAUGAUAGCCCAGUUGCUCUCACAUGAAGAGCUGGAGACUGAGGAUGAGCGGUUGGUCUAUGAAUCUGCACUUAAUUGGGUGAACUAUGACUUAGAACGGCGACAUUGUCACCUACCAGAGCUGUUGCGCACUGUUCGACUAGCCCUUUUGCCAGCCAUCUUCCUCAUGGAGAACGUCUCCACUGAGGAGCUUAUCAACUCGCAACCAAAGAGCAAAGAGCUGGUGGAUGAAGCAAUCCGCUGCAAGCUACGUAUACUGCAGAAUGAUGGUGUGGUCAACAGUCCUUGUGCCAGGCCCCGUAAGACUAGCCAUGCCCUUUUCUUGCUAGGUGGUCCUACUUUUAUGUGUGACAAGCUGUAUUUAGUGGACCAGAAGGCCAAAGAAAUAAUCCCAAAGGCAGAUAUUCCCAGUCCACGGAAAGAGUUUAGUGCUUGUGCUAUUGGUUGCAAAGUCUAUGUAACUGGUGGUCGUGGCUCAGAGAACGGUGUGUCCAAGGAUGUCUGGGUGUAUGAUACCCUGCAUGAAGAGUGGUCAAAAGCAGCUCCCAUGCUAAUAGCUAGAUUUGGGCAUGGUUCAGCUGAACUGCGCCACUGUCUGUAUGUAGUUGGGGGUCAUACGGCUGCAACUGGUUGUCUUCCAGCCUCACCAUCUGUCUCUUUAAAGCAGGUGGAGCAGUUUGACCCAGUUGCCAACAAGUGGAGCAUGGUUGCACCACUACGUGAGGGUGUCAGCAAUGCCGCAGUAGUCAGUGUAAAGCUUAAGUUAUUUGCUUUUGGAGGAACAAGUGUAACCCAUGAUAAGCUACCUAAGGUCCAGUGUUACGACCCGGGGGAAAACCACUGGACUGUCCCAGCAUCCUGCCCACAGCCAUGGCGUUACACAGCAGCUGCUGUUUUGGGGAACCAGAUCUUUGUCAUGGGUGGUGACACUGAGUUCUCAGCUUGCUCGGCCUACAAAUUCAGCAGCGAGACCUACCAGUGGACUAAAGUAGGUGAUGUUACAGCUAAGCGAAUGAGCUGCCAAGCAGUGGCGUCGGGAAACAAACUGUACGUAGUUGGUGGCUAUUUUGGAACGCAGCGCUGCAAAACGCUAGACUGCUAUGAUCCCACACUGGAUGCCUGGAACAGUAUAACCACUGUACCCUAUUCUUUGAUCCCCACUGCCUUUGUUAGCACCUGGAAACACCUCCCAGCCUGAAAGCUGCAUGUCCCCUUGACCUUCCUUCAUCUUUUAAGAAGUCCUGCGCCAGUGUCCUGGAUUCCAGCUGUUACGAUUUCCUGCUUUCUGUACAAAUUCAUCAAAAGACUUCUUCCUCCAUCACGCGCACAAUGUUAAUACUGAACAUAUCCAGCAGGGAAGCUUUCAGUUUUUGUUUUAUUUCUUUUUGAAUGGCGUAAAGGUUUUUUUUUUUUUUUUUAAUUUUUUUUUAUAUUGUUUGGUGGAGUCGUGGGACGUUUUUAGUUGGACAACCAAACAAAACCUACUGGUAAUCUGAAAAGGGCAAUUAGAGUCCAGCUUGUUUUGUCAUAUGUGUGUUGUAACCACUAUAUUGUUCCUGGAUGAAAAUAGUGUGUAAGCUCAACUACUACUGUGAAUCUCACAACAAGAACCCAGUGGAACUGAACAGGAGGAAGGCACAGUUACAAUACACAGAUUACUGAGUUCCAAACUAAAGAAGAAGAAGAAGAAGACUCUAAUAGUUUUCUUAUCUUUCACUGUGCUCUAUUGUUUUCAUAAAGUCCAUUUCUUGUGCGGAACUGUACUGCAGAGACAAGACAUAGGCACAAAACUCUUUUUUUUCUUUUUCCCCAGCAUGACAUGAAACAUAGACAACCUGCUUGUCUCCGUUGUCUGCCUCUGGUCAGUUCCUGCCAAACAGGAACUUAACCUGGUGUUAAACUUUCUGUGAGAAGGCAUCCUGCAAUCAGCCACACACCAGACGUGUGUUUGUGUAUGUGUUUGCAUUUGGAAAAUAUCAGCAUGUCCCAGCACGUUUUCCUGAGCGAAAUAUACACUUGACUGUACCGAUGUAUAUUAUUCACUCUUCUUCCAAAAAAUAAUAAGCAUGUGCACCGAGAACUCUGCUGGAUGUUGAACAUUACAGAAAGCAGCUGUUGGUUUUUUGUUUUGUUUAGUUUUUUUUCUUCUUCUCAACGGAGACGCUGUCGUUGUGUCAACGCCUCAGAAUGAAGUCUAGAAAAGAGAACAUAUUGGUUUAAAAUCAGGCUGCUUAACUUUUUGCUGGUGGCUCUGUUCUCACAAGUACGGCCUCGAUAUAAAAUGUGAAAGGCAGAAAGCUAGCAAGAGAAAGGUGAGAGUCGUUCUGUCUGCCGGAGAGGUAAUGUCUCCAUGGCAACACCAACCUGAACUGUAAAGAAAACUGUCUAUUCAUAGUCCUAAUUUAUGAGAUUUUUUUUCUGCCUCAUUAAUUUGAACUUAGUUUUAUAUUUAUUGCUUUAAAAAAAUUAUGCUUGCAUACAUAUUCAGCAAAUCUGGCUGUACAGAAUUUCUGGCGAGUGUUUUGUGCUACGCAUGGCCCAUACUGCUUUGUGUUAUAUAAGAACUGCUCUUUUUGCACACACGUCCACGUCAGGCAGUAACGUGGCCGAAUUUGGAAGGGUCAGAGAAUUCUGGAUCUCUAGUUUGACUGACCUGAAAAGAAAAGCAUAGCAGACUUGGGGUCUUGGGUCAUCACCCUGGAUAAGAAUGGGAGGAAUGAUGUUGUAGCAUCAGAUUACCCAGGAUACAAUGAAGCAGUUGGUUUGGGAACCCAUGGGGGAAGGGUUAUUGUGGGGGUUAAGAACGCAUACUGUGAACUGAUGCAAAAAAAAAAAAAAAAAAAAAGAACCCACGAUAACCCGAGGACUGUAGGGUCAAACCAAUACGGUUUAAAUUCAAACAAGUUAUAAUUUAUUCUAGAAUUACACAGCUACACCAAAACCCAUACCAAAAGGUCAAUAUACUAAAGACGCAAUACGAUUUGAUGAUUUUUGAAAAACCUGGCCAUACUUCAACAGGCAAUAUGAACCACUAUAUUUUGGUUGAAGCCAUGGCCUUAGCUCACUGCCACAGCACAUUCUAACUUAGUGUCAGUCUUAAUUUGCUAUGACCGAAGAAGACAACGUGCUACGGAGUAAGAAACAUGACAUCAGCUGCUGCUCUCAGAACAGCUGGAACUGUCGCUGAUGUCCCUGAGCAUGGUGACAGGUGUUAAUUAUUAUUAACACCCUCUACAUAGACGUUUGCUCUUCCUUUUUUCUAAAAUCUAAAGCAUUGUAGGAGACACAUUGAAAUGUCCUUAAGCCUGAAGUUUAAUAUCUUUUAUUACCAAAAUAUGUAAGUUGAAAGUGUGGAAUUGGACUGUACAUUUGCCUUUCCUCAGGGUUUCCUGUGCUACCGGUCCUUAUGGUGUUAUGAAGGUUUUUUUUUUUUGGUCUGAAACUGGCUACAUUUGGAGUUCUUUAAACUGUAUACUGUAUAUUUUAAUGGCAAUGAAGAUGAUAAUGCUAUAUUCCAAAGUUCACAAGACGCUAUAUUUGUACAUUAGUAUCAUGCAACUUGUCUCUGUAGGGCAAAUAUAAAAAAGAAAGGUACCGUAGUAUAACGGAACCAACAAAAGUGUGAGCACAAGCAUAAAGAGCUUAUUAGUGGGGAAAAAAAGCAUUUCUGUAUGGUUUUUCUGUCAAGCUAAUGCUGUCUUUAUAUAUCAUCUUUGUCAAAAUAAAGGGGGCAGAAAAACUCCUAUAGAAUUGGAUAGCGAGCUAGAAACAAGCGAUAAGGCAAAAUAAAGAGAGAGGUCAAGCUUCACAUUCCUUCCCAGACCUUCUUCCUUUGCACCUACUCCCUUUCUCGAUGAAGUGCCGCUUUAGCUUGCUGCCUUUGAAGCUCUCGUGUCUCAAACAGAAAGCCCUCGUUUUUUUCCCCAGUUCACUGCACACACAAACCUUCAGCCAAUCAGAUAACCCAUUCAUGCCUCGUCUCAAGUAGCGUUUCCCAGGCAAUGGUCAACAAUCCCCCCCUCCUCCAUCCCUCCAACAACACACACUAUUUGAACUGGUAGCUGUCAAGUGUUUUGUUUUUCCUCUCCCCCCCCUCUAUCUUUCUCUCCCACUGACCCUCUUUAUUUUUUUCCUGACUGAAAGAUCAAGAGCCGAGUCACAGGCUUGCACGUGGCAUAAAACUUUCAAUCAUUGUCUGCCUUUGGCUGUAAUCGUUCUCUUCUGUAUGUCAUGUUAUUCUGUCAUUGCUCUGUCACAACCAUGGCGGUUAACGUUAUUUUGUACAAGUGAUUCUUUUCACAAUGUGAAAUUUAUGGUGAAAUAAAGCAUAAGAGUUUUUUCCUCUUGAUUGUAAAA